UAUUUAUCAUAUUUCCAUAAAUAUAUAAGUAAGGAAAAGAUGUUUAUCUUCUGCCAUUUAGAAAACGGAAUACUCUGAUUAAGCAUCAAGGCAGCCGUUUCCUAGAUCAGUCAUGACUAUGCCGAGAUUUUGUCUACUUUUCUUACUUGGUCUACUCUUGGUAAAUUACACAGAAGCACAAAAAAGCAAAUCAAAGUCAAAGAAGUUUACAGCUCUGCUACCUGUUUUUGAGCCUCCGAAGCCAAAAACUAACAGCAUUGUCGAGAAAUCGACAAAAAAAGAUCCUGCUGCAUCAUUAUCCCCAUCCAUUGAAGCUGUUGCAACAAUUGAACUUGGGAAAGAAAAAGCCUCUCAACAAAAUAAUCCUGCAGAAAUAGUUUUACCCCCCAAGCCUCUAAAACCAGUUCAAGAACCAAAAACAAUCAUCCAAAGUCCCCCAUCAAUUCCGAAUCAAAUUCCAAAGAAAAAUGUGAAAGCUUCACCAUACAGUCUGUUUCCAGAAGGACAACCGCAAAAGAAACAAUCCAACACUCCAGUGCAGCAGUAUCAGCCACCUACACAGACAUUUUCUAGGAAGAACUCAAUACAAUCAUUUAAGAAUGCUCCAUCUAAACCAAGACUAGGGAAUGUUAAUUUCUUUGGUUUCAAACCAAUGACGUCAUCAACGCCUGCUCCAACCACUCCGGCUCCACCACCUCCCGUACAGCAGAGCUUGUUUAACUUUUUCAGUGGACAAAAUGGUCCUUCUCCAACCCAACAAGCACUUCCAUUUCCUCUUCCAUCCAUGCCUCCUUACCCCGGAUUGCCAAACAAUAACCCACAACUGAAAAAUGUGUACCGAAUGAUUGCAACGUGGCUAGUUUCUCACGCCAUGAAUGCAAAUAAUAAUAAUGCUCCUCGUGCCCCUCAACCAGUAACAACAACAAAAAGAACUCAUCCACCUGCACCGAUGCGUCUUCCAAAUACUCAAAGACAACAACAAAAACAACAAAGACGUCACAAUUUGACACCUCCACCUCAACGAAACAGAAAACAAAUGAAAGCACCCAAGCACUCUCAGAAAAAGCAACAGACCCAGAGGAACAAGAAACAAGAAGAGGCUUUACGCCGAAUGAGGGAGAAAGCCUACAGGGAGUACAUGGAUGAAGUGUUUGACGUAGACGUCCCAGACACGGCUUUUGCUAAUGGCCGUAUUCCAUCAUUUCAGGCACCUUCAUUUGAAUUCCCAUGGUGAUCCGAGAACCAUUUUAUAGAUCGUGUAAUUCCAAUUGAAUGGAGAAUCCAGGACUAAAACAAAGUUUGAUUAUUUAUUUUCUCGGAUUUACUUCAUUACAAGAUACAAGACGUGUUUUGACCCUCAUUUUCUGUAAGAGAAAAGAACUAUGUCUUGAAAAGCUGAGAAAGAUAACAAACAAAGUUACAUCCAUUGUAGAUAAACGAAGAAUUCUUUAUCUAAUAAAUAUUUAUAUCUCAAUGUAAACAAUCAACGGACUUGAGUUCAAAUAGCAACCCAUGAAAAAAUACAUUAUUUUGAUACUCUGUUUAUUUGACAUUUUAUUGCCAAUUCCAUGUGUGCAAAACAGCAUAAAGUGACGAAUAUGAAAAAUUUUAAUAACAUUUAUUAAAAUAUCCUAGUUAAAUUAUACCUAAAUGAGGUCGUAAACUACAUAAUGUCGUACAUCAAGAAUGCGGAUGAUAUUCAUUAUACACGAACAUGUAGCAGCUCAUUAUGUAUUUUAUAUACUAAAUAAAUAAAUACCAUAACCAUC